UACAUUUUGAACCGAGUAACCUAAUUAUUAAAAUGACUAGAAAUUCUAAAAUAUUAAUUAUUGGAGCUGGAGCAGCAGGUAUUGCAGCAGCUGCUAGACUUUUAGAAAAUGGAUAUAAAAAUUUAUUGAUUUUAGAAGCAAAGAACCGAAUUGGUGGUAGAAUUCAUACUGUACAAUUCUCAGAAAAUAUCAUCGAAUUAGGAGCACAAUGGUGUCACGGAGAAGAUGAAAAUAUUGUUUAUAAUCUUGCUUGUCCUUAUAAUUUGUUAGAAUCAUCUAAGCAUAUUGAAGAUUCUGCCAAACAUAUUUUUGUUAAUUCAGUUGGAGAAGUACUUUCAGAGCAAGAAACUAUAGAAAUUUUAAGAAUUUAUUAUAAAAUUAUUAACAAUGCACACAAAGUUGUUCACAAGCCUCAAACAUCAUAUGGAGAUUAUUUUAAAAAAUAUUUCUAUAAAGAGAUUGAAAAGAAUUCAUUAAUUACUAAAGAAAAAGCAGAACAAAUUUUAAAUUGGAUGCAUAAUUAUCAUAAUUCAAUUGAGUGUAGUGAUACAUGGUUUGAUGUUUCUGCUAAUAGAUCAAAUGAUUAUUGGAUAUGUAAAGGUGAUCCAUUAAUAAAUUGGAAAAUGAAUGGAUAUUCAAAAGUAUUUGAUUUAUUAACGAAAAAGUUUCCCAAUAAUAAACAACAACUUCCAGUGUAUGAAAAAAUUUUAUUUAAUAAAGAAAUUUCAUUAAUAGAUUAUAAUUCGAAAGAUUUUAUCAAAGUGAUAACAUCUGAUGGAUCAGUGUUUGUGGCUGACAGUCUAAUUUUCACACCAUCCUUAGGAGUAUUAAAAGAAAAUUAUUUAAAGUUAUUUAAUCCAUGUUUACCAAAAUCUAAAAUUCAAGCAAUUAAGGGAUUAAGUAUAGGAGUAGCAAAUAAGGUUUUUCUUGAGUUUUCACAUAGAUGGUGGCCUUUAAAUAUAGGAGGAUUUUGUUUUAUGUGGUCAGAAGAUCAAAAGAAACAUUUUUUGGAAAUAUAUGGCAAAGAAAGAUAUUGGCUUUGUGAUGUAUUUAAAUUUUUUACUGUUGAUUAUCAACCUAGAGUUUUAUCUGGCUGGAUCGUCGGAAGAAAUGCAAAAUAUAUAGAAAAAUUAACAGAUCAAAAAGUUUUAAAUGAAUUUUAUUUUAUACUAAAAAAAUUUUUAGGUCAUAUUUAUGAUAUUCCAAAACCUCAAGCUAUUUUAAGAUCAAAAUGGUUUAGCGACAAGCAUUUCAGAGGUUCUUACAGUUUUCACAGCAUAAAUACUGAAAGAUUGAAUAUUAAUUCUAAUGAUUUAGGAGAUCCAAUAAUAGGGAUAAAUAAUAAACCAAUCAUUUUAUUUGCUGGAGAAGCUACUCAUGAUCAUUACUUCUCCACAGUACAUGGAGCUAUUGAAACAGGAUUUCGAGAGGCUAAUAGAUUAAUUGAUUAUUACAGAUAUUGUAGAUCACAUCUAUAAAAUGCUGUGUUGAAUAAAA